GCUCUCCUCGGUGAGCUGAAUUUGGGCAGUCAGGGGCCCGGGGUCCCCCGUUUGGCUGUGUCUCUGGCCCUGGAAGGAAAGGCCAGCCAUCGGGAACUGACCUCCCGUCUCCUGUCCGGCCUCCUGGGCAAAGUCCUGACUGAGGAGGACAUCGCUCGGUCCUUCGACAGACUGCUCAUCGACUUACCUGACCUCAUCCUGGACACUCCUGAGGCCCCGCAGAUGCUCGGGCAGUUCAUCGCUCGCGCCGUGGCUGAUCACGCAUUGCCUCUGAACUUCCUGGACCGAUACAAGGGACGUGUUGAUUCUGAGCAUGCGCGGGCCGCCCUGGACCGCGCCGCCGUCCUACUCAGAAUAAAGAGAGAGAUCAUCCGGCUGGACAACGUGUGGGGAGUCGGAGGAGGACAGAGACCCGUCACACAUCUCAUCAAGGAGAUGAACCUUCUGCUGCAGGAGUUCCUGUCGUCAGGCCAGAUAUCGGAGGCGGAGCGAUGUCUGCGGGAGCUGGAGGUGCCGCACUUCCACCAUGAGCUCGUCUACGAGGCGGUGGUCAUGGUGUUGGAGGGCUCAGCCGAGGGUCACGUUCUGAUGAUGGUGAAGUUGUUGAAGGCGUUGUAUGACAGCUGUCUGAUCACCCUGGACCAGAUGAACCGGGGGUUCCAGCGCGUCUACUCCGAGCUUCCCGACCUCAGCCUGGAUGUGCCGAAUGCUCAGAACGUCAUGGAGAAGCUGGUGGAUCUGUGCUACCAGGAGGGCGCCAUCACCCAACAGCUACGGGACCAGUGCCCAAUCAGGGGCCGAAAACGUUUUGUGAGUGAGGGGGAUGGAGGACUCGUCAAACAGUGA